AUGGCUUGCCAGAAUCAAGACGUUGUUGAGCAGAUAAUCAAACUCGUGGGAGAGCGAGUGAAAAUGGAGGAACAAAUGCGGACAGCAGAGGGCGCAAGAGGGUCUGCGAAGAAUGAAUUAGAGUUGUUGGAGAACACACUGUCUGCGGAGUUGACUUUACUGCGAAAACGACUAAGUGAAUCUGAGAGGCGUGUUGGAGAAGUUGAGGAGGAGAAGACACAACUGAAAACAGAACUGGAGGAACACCUCGCACAUCCCGAGGAUGAGACCAUUCUCAUCGAUGCAGCUAAAGUUGAUCCAGUGAGAAACACUGAAUGA